UAGGCUAAGCGUAUUCAUCGUUGGGCAUCAAGGACGUUUUUAAAAUGAUUUGCCAUUUGAAAAUUAUCUUUGUGUGGAUUUCCCUCGUACCUCAACUCACAGAUGGCGGAAGUGUCACAUGGUAUGAACCCACUCCGGCCAAGACAACAUCGAAUCAAAAUGAAGUUCUCCCCCCUGGCAGGUUACAGGUUUAUGAAGGAUCUUCUGCUGUGCUGCAGUGGAACUUCAGUCUGACAUCAAAUAUUGGUUUCACUUUCAUAAAAUUUAAAGGUGCUACUGUAGUCACUAUUCGGUCAGAUGGAAAAGCUGGUGAUGUUUCUGCUAAUUUUACUGGACGGUUGAGCGUAUUAAGUUCGACCAAACAAACCGCUGCUCUGUCUAUCUCUCGCGUCAUUUUUGCUGAUGAUAAGGCUAAUGGAGAAUUCACCUGUGAGGUACUUACCCUCAGUAAUGAACGUUGGAAACGUGCAAUUCAAGUGCAAGUCCUAGCUCCAGUGAAGAUAACUGAUCAAGUAAGAGGUGACCAAGUAGUACCUAAAGGGGGAAACCUCCACUUGUUCUGUAAAGUAACUGGUAGGCCAGCACCAAAUGUUAACUGGACCAAAGUCCCUGCUGAUGGUAGCAAUGAAAUAAAGCACUACGGACCCACUUGGAAUUUUACAAACAUCAAUGUUACUGAUUCUGGAACAUACAGCUGCGUAGCUAAUAAUAAAGUUGAGGAUCCUGUUAGAGGCCAAGCAGUUAAAGUGAUUGUUGUUGCUCCUGUCAGUAUUGCUGAUACUGAGAACAAGUUCAUUGUCACAGUAGGGGAAAUUGUCACCCUUAACUGUAAAGCAAAAGGAAAUCUUCCUCUUUCCUAUACUUGGACUCCAUGCAGUGAAGUGCAAGUUUGUGACAUGGAAACACUUGAUACUCCACCAGUCAAUAAAGAUGUCAACUUUACGUGCAAAGCAGCUGAUGAAUUUACCGAUGAUUCCAAAAGUUACAUUGUUUUCAUUGGAGGAACCGUGAUCAAUAUCACCCUAGUCAUCACAAGUGAAAGUUGUACCGAUGGAGAAUACGACCGAUCCACGCUGCUCGGGAAACUGAAUAAAACGUUCAAUGAUGUCCUUGCAGAUAAAUUUGGUCUCCUAAAGAUGAAGUUAAAUAACGUCAGGUGUGGCAGUUUAAAAGUUGACCUGGCACUGAAUUUUAAUUCCACCACAAAGGAAAUAGAUGUGAUUACAGAACUUCGUAAGGCUGUCAAAGAUGGGAAGCUUGGAGAGUUUACAGUGAGUUCUAUAGAUGGGACACGUGAUGACGAAGGAACAACUUCAAAAGUACCAACAACACCUAAAAGUUCCUCUAACACGGCUGCGAUUGUUGGCGGGUCAGUUGGGGGAGGACUUUUAUGCUGUGCGGCAGGUGGAGCAGCAUAUUAUAAAAAGAAGCAAAAUGAAAAUAAAAAGAAGGCAAAGAAUCCAAGAGUCGAUAAUAAUGGAGGACAAGGCAGACGGGACGGCGAUCAAGAAGCAGGCUGUGACAACAAUUAUGCAGAUGUGGGUCCAGGUGCCAACUGUCCCAGAAAAGGAGGCAAUGUAAGAAACGAACAGGGAAUCCCUGAUUAUGCGGUGGUCGACAAAACUAAAAGGAAAAAGAAGACACCUAAGCCGGGUGAACUUCAGUAUGCCGAGCUUGGUGAACUGACCGUUCCUGGACGGAAGGCAACAAUGCCACGUGUUAGUGGUACAGAUACUGUGUAUGCAGACGUUAGAUCGUAAACGUGUCUGUUCCGAUAAAUGGACGGUAAGCUGAGAAGCGGGUGAGGCAAACGCGGGAAGAGUAAUUUGUAGUGUUAUUUUAUAAAUGCAAACGAAGAUUGAUUUCAUGUAUCGUAUGGUGUAUAGUGAGCAGAGUGACUUAAUCCUAAUGACUGAAAGAACAAUUCUUACUUUACGAUACAUUUUUCGACAUUCCUAUUUCAUCUUCAGUUGCAAAUGUUGUUGUGCAAAUUUUCGUUAAGGAUCUUUUGUUAAAUAUUUUCUUACCUUAAAUGCGGCAAAAUGGCUUUUCUUUGUCUCGACGAAUUGCAUGUAUAAACUGUUUUCUCCUGCUGGACGAACAGGGAAACUCAUGAAACGAGACACUCUGUCUCGUGGAAAAUUUUGUUCCCUUUUCAUGACAUCCAGGAACACAACAAAUUGUAGGCAUCGCAAAAUAUGACAGGACGUAUUGACAACGAGACAUUUUUUAAGAGCUAGGUUCUCAAAAUAAAACCGUAGACCUUAUUAGCUUCGCUUUCGUGCGACGAAAUCCAGGCCGACCGAGUAGUCCGCCAUAUUUGCAUUUCGUUUGAUAGAAGGAAAAGAAGUUGAACUAAAACCGGACUAAACAGUCCGUAGUACUCAUAAGACUCGAAGGAAAAAGCAUAUUUGGGCUAAAAUUUCGAUUGCUUAUUCCCAUUCAAAUCCUUUAGACAGUCCCUACUUUUCGAUGAAGUCCAACCUUUAUUCUGUUGCUUAUGGGUGUCUUAGUUUGAAGUUUAAAUAAUUGUCCUUGUUAUGGAUUAGAUAAAAAAGGUAUUUUCGUAAUAUUCUUAAGGUAAUGUUUUGUAGGUGUGAAAUUAUACUUAUCGAAGCCAAGAAAGUAUUACUUAACGCCAUUUAAACCAUGUAAGUGAACAAACUCCAACUAACUUCU